CUCUGUUACCCUAAUAGACGCUGCGGUCACAUUGACCACAGCGUCUACAGGGUUAAUUCAGGAUCGGAGUGUAGGGUGGCCUCCUCCGAUGGGGCCCCCCUCACCACCGAUCGCUUCACUGUGUGAAGCGACGGAGGAGAGGAGGAAGGAGGAGACCCCGCCAGAUCCCUACUAUUGGUCCAUCUGUACUGACGGACCAAUAGCAGCGAUCGCUGGCAGGGGACUGCUGCGAUUGGUCCCUGGCCGGCUUCAGGGAGGCUUGGCUGUGCAGUACAACCGAGCUCAAUAAACUGUCACAGCGCUUGGUGGCGCUGCGACAGUUUAUCAUCAUCAGGUACAUGCAGGAAGUCGCCGCUAAUCAUCAGAUCCUGCACAAGUCAUGCAGUCUGGUGACCCUCAUACAUUUCAACCCACCUACCCUGUCCUCACGUAUACCUGCUCUGGUCGCGUUGGACUAGUGGCCAGAAGGGUUUCGUCAGGACGCUGCACUGCAAACCCUGUAGUAUGCUGCAAAGGAGUCAACAGCGCCUGUAGGAGAGGAGACUGCUACUGCGAUGAAUACUGUACUGCAAACAAGGACUGCUGUCCGGAUUUUCUUAUCGCUUGUAAUGGAGGAGUUUCUUCAUCAGCUACAACGGGAACAACUCCCAGGACAACCAUAGCAUCCAAUGCUAUAAGUGCCAUUUCUAUGCUAGGUAGCAUUCUGUUGCCAAAUACAACAACUGGAAAGCCGAAUGUAUCAACACCACCUCUGUCAUCAUCAGUGCCCUUUAACUUAACCCAAAAUGCCAGCACAUCAAGUGUAUUAUUUACAGCCCAAAGUACAACCCCUACAACAUCUCGUUUACCAUCUACAAUCAGCAGCCUGACAUCGCCUGUGAUCCUCAAAACCUCUAGUGGCAGUAAUACUGGUUUGCUAACAUCAGCUAUUAGUUUAUUAGCUUCCAAUGUAGCUCCUAAUAACACUAACAAUCUUUUAUUGAACAUCAAUCCAUCCACCACCUUGAGAACAAGUGUAAUGCCAACAGCAGCAAGUGCACAGACAUCUAAUAUCAUCAAUGGUACAACAACCAACACAGUUGCCACAAUGCAACUACUUAAGGUGACAUCAUCUGGUAUUAUUACUAAUAAUGGUAGUAACCUUCCUACAUCUGUUUACCCUACAGUAACAACUCAAAUGCCUCAGUUGAGCAGCAUUACCUCAACACUGGGCAUAGCGUUAAAUUCUACCACCUCCACCACCAUCAGAUUAUCAACCAACAUUACAACAUCUGGAGUGCUUUCUAAUGCAACUAACAAUAUCCCGUCAGUGAAUAAUACCAACAGCACAAUGUCUUCCAUAAUGACAACCCCUUCUAUUGGUGCUGUAACCAAUUUGUCGACCACAAAGCAAGAAUUUAGCUCAACAAACCUACCAGACAGCAUUUCAUCAUCUAGUUUACUCUCCAAUGUAUCUGGUAAUGUUCCAUUAGUAAAUAAUGCUUCCAGCACUUUAAAGACAACUUCAGCUCCAACAAUGUCUUCCAUAAUGAUAACCCCUUCUACUGGUGCCAUAACCAAUUUGUCUAUCACAAUCCAGAUGUUUAGCACAGCAACCGUACCCACCACCAUAUCAACUACUACUGGCACUAACAGUGGUGGUACCCUUACAACAGCUUUUACAGCCACCAGAGCAAAUGGACUUUCAGUAUCUACAAAUGGCAUAGUCUCAAGCUUUGUAAGUAGUUUUGCAACAUCUUCUAGCAAUGACAUAACUUCCAGCAGAUUUAAUAAUGUUUCAACUUCAGUGUUAUUAUCUAGUAUGAGUAGCAAUGUCCCAUCUGCUAUUUCUACCACCACUACAUUAAGAACAGCUAUACAGACUUCAGCUAGUGCAGCAUCAACUUCCAAUGUCUCCAGUGUUUCCACAUCCUCUGCAGCUAUCACAUUAACAUUAUCAAAUGGGACAGGAAUGUCUGGUAAUGUGUCCUCAUCUAAUUUUGGGUAUAAUAUAAGUAACUUUGUAACAUCUUUUAAUUCAGCUAGAACAACUGAACUGCCAAUAGUAAGCAACAACAUAUCAACCCUUGGUAUGACAUCAAAUAUUGUACGAACUGCAGGUGUGAAUAUCACUGCUUCUGGUAUGUUUUCUAGCCCCACUAACAAUUUCCUAUCAACAAUUAAUACAACCACUGCACCAAUAGUCUCAUAUAUGACAGCUGUCGCUUCCUCUAGUAUUGGUGGGUUAAAAACAAAUGCAACCAGUCCAACUACUACAAUGCCAACAAGUGCAACAUCAAAUCAAUUUACUGCUAAAUCAAGUUCUGAUACCAGUGCUAUCCUUACAACUACUGGUAUAAGUGUAACUUCAUCCAAUAAAACAAUUGGAUCGCUAACAGCGACUGUCGGAUCAACCUCUAGCCUUGGGUCUAAUGGCAGCAGUUUUACGAGAUCUGAUUCUAAUUCAAAACCACCCUUAGGAAUAACUGAAAUGAGUACUGGUAAAACAACGACUGGAAACACAUCAAACACACUCAUUCCAAAUGUAACUAAAAGCAAUGCAACCGCUUUUACAACACUUUCUAUCCCUGCCCUUAUACUUGGUUUACUGUCUAAUGCCACAAGUGAUGUUAUGACCCCUUUUGUAGCUCUCAGACCUACUGGAGUGUCAGCAUUACCGAGCACUUCAUAUGAAAAUAACACAGCCAGUUCUAUGCAAAUUAUUGUCAGCACAAUAUCAGCAUCUGGGAAAACACCUGACACCUAUAGUAAUCCAGUAACAAAAUCUUUAAAUGCAACUUCAAGCAUAAGAGUAACUGGCCCACCGUCAGCAGAUGGAGUGUCUAAUGAAAACAGCCUCCAGACAACACUAGCAGUUAUUGGAACUAAUGCCAGUGGUGUAUCUGGAUCACCAAUAGCAGACUCAAAGACAUCACUCAGCCCUAUUGUAUCUUCCAGUGUGCUUGUCUUUAAUGCAACAAUGUCUCUUAGGCCAAGUGGAGGAGUACCAAUUGACAUUACAACAAGAGCUGUGACAGCACCUAAUACUAUUACCAGUACUAAAAUAAAUGAGACAAUACAAACAACUAGAGCCUCUGCUUCCAAUGGCAGUCUGUCAACAUCAAGAAUGCCAAAUAAUUUUGCACAAAGCCUGCCAGCAUCAUCUAUGGAAGCAACCAGUCCAGCAACUGUAAUACCAACACAAUCCAUCAUCUCAACUGGCAUUGUCUCUAAUACUUUACAUUCUAUAAUGAAAAUAAGUGCAUUUACUGGGCUAACAGAUGUGGCAGCUGUCACCAUCAAAACCAGCACAAUUGCAACACAAUCCAAUAUAAGCAAUCUUCUCACAACAUUAGCAGGUAGAGUUUUAAAUUCAGCAAGUCUCACCAACCAAACAGGAGUGACAGUAUCCGGCGCUGCCAAUUCUACAGCUGAACCGACAUUGAGCACACUAAAUAGAGUGCAAUUUUACGCUAAUUCAAGUACAAACUAUUUGUUGUCCCAAGGUGUAUCAUCUUCUACAUCAGAUGACAUAUGCAACUCCAACUGGAUUGUCAACAGUGAACACAAGUAGACCUGUCAACAUGCCCUUGACACCUAUAUAUAACAGCACACAGACUUUAAAUCUCCCUCCACUAUCCCAGAGCAAUCAAG